AUGCGUCAGAGAGGCAUCUUCCGUCACCGCCUGCAGCAGCAGCAGCAGCAGCAGCAGCAGCAGCAAGCAGUUAGUUACGCAGAGGCUGCAGCAGCAGCAGCAGCAGCAGCAAGUAAUUACGCAAACGCUGCAGCAGCAGCAGCAGCGAGUAGCUACACAAAGGCUGCAGCGACGCAGGACGCAGCGGCAGCUGUUGCUGCUUGCUUCAUGCAAGUGGAUCAAGCAAGCAGCAGCAGCAGCAGCAGCAGCAGCAACAGCAGCAACAGCAGCACGGCAAGCAGCAUCACUAACACAACCACCACUACUAGAAGCAGCAGCGGGAGCAGCAACAGCAGCACAAUCAGCAGCAGCAGCAAAAGCAGUUGCAGCAUCAGCAAAAGCAGCAGCAGCACUAUCAGCAGCAGCAGCACCAUCAUUACCAUCACCAGCAGCAAAUCAUCAUCUUCAGCAGCACAAUCAGCAGCAGCAGCAGCAGCACAAUCAUCAGCAGCAGCAGCAGCACAAUCAGCAGCAGCAGCAGCAAACCUUUGCAGCAAGUUUGAGUGCAGUGAGUUUGAUGGUGCCGUGCAGAAGACACUUCUCAGCAGCAGCAGCAGCACUAUCAGCAGCAGCAGCAGCACUAUCAGCAGCAGCAGCAGCGGCAGCAGCAAACCUUUGCAGCAACAGCAGCAGCAGCACUAUCAGCAGCAGCAGCAGCACUAUCAGCAGCAGCAGCAGCACUGUAAGCAGCAGCAGCAGCAGCAGCAGCAGCAGCAGCAGCAGCAGCAGCAGCAGCAAACCUUUGCAGCAAGUCUGAGAGCAGUGAGUUUGAUGGUGCCGUGGAGAAGACACUUCUCAGCAGCAGCAGCAGCAGCAGCACUAUCAGCAGCAGCACUAUCAGCUGCAGCAGCAGCAGCAGCAGCAGCAGCAGCAGCAGCAGCAGCAGCAGCAGCAGCAAACCUUUGCAGCAAGUCUGAGUGCAGUGAGUUUGAUGGUGCCGUGGAGAAGACACUUCUCAGCAGCAGCAGCAGCACUAUCAGCAGCAGCACAAUCAGCAGCAGCACUAUCAGCAGCAGCAGCAGCACUGUAAGCAGCAGCAGCAGCAGCAGCAGCAGCAGCAGCAGCAGCAAACCUUUGCAGCAAGUCUGA